AUGGCUGCUAGGUUCAUGAAGAACCGGCCAAAGCCAAGACUUCCUGUCCCUAGUGAGAAGGAAGGACAGCUACAGAAGCUGUUCGAAGUCGCUUUCUCAUUCAAUUCAAUAGUGUGGCUGGCAGGCGAGGAGGUCUAUCCCGGUCGAAAGUUCACAGACUAUGUACUUUUGGGAGACGAUAUCCUUAUAGCUGAUACCAAAGUUGCAGGAGUAAAUGGCAGCAAGAAGGGUAGAAUGAGAGCUCACUUCCCGCUGAUUGAUCUCAUUCCCUCUAAAGCGAUAGUGACGAUUCCGACCUGCCUUUUCUUGAUCUAA